AUGUUUUGGAUUUUUGAGAGCUCCUACAAAAGCUUGCUAAAUGGGCAUAGUCUAAUCCCGGAUGAUGUCAGAUACUACAUUCUUGAAUUGUGCAUGUCGCAGCUAUUUUCUCGGAUUGGACUAUUAAAAAUGAAUAGCCAAAUAUCAAUGCAAUUAGUAGGGGAAAUGAAGAGUUUGGAGUCUACAUUAAAGGCGCAGUUUGACAGUAUACCCUAUUUUAAGGUAAUAAUGGACUACUUGAAAAUAUUCGCGUUUCCCGUCGAACCAAAAGAGGAUUUUAUCAAGAACUUCAAUACAAUUUCUGCUGGUAGAUUUGAAUUUACCCAGAUACUAAAAGCGCUUGAUGAUCAAAGAUUGGCAAUGAAAAUGUACGAGGCAUUUAAGAAAAUAAAUCAAUGA